AUAAUACAGUUGAAGUUGAAUUUGAGAAUAGAUAAUAGCAACAAUGAAAGUCACUCUAAUACUUUUUGCCAUUGUCUUGGUGUUUGGAGCUCAAGCUCAAAACCAAGAAGAAUCAAAUCCCGAAACAAUUGCAUUGGUAAAUACAAUCAGAGAAACUCAAAAAAAAAUAACUGAAGCUGUUGAAAAAGUAAUCAAAGAAUUCAAAGCAACAGUUGAUAUUGCUGUUAAUAAAGCAUAUCAAAUUGGCAGAGAAUUAAAAGAAAAAGCUAAAGAUUUUGUUGACAACACAUUGGUUGGUGUUAUCAAUUUCAUAACAGAACUUCAAAAUCGUUUUGAUGAACUUUAUAAAAAAGCAAAAAAUACUGAUAUCAGCAGAUGCAAACUUAUCGGUAAAACUAUAUUGGAUAUUGGCAGUGGUGCAGUUGAUGCAAUGAAAGGUUGCGUGGGAAAUACAGUAGAACUUGCUACUCAGUAUGUUGAAAAUAUUAUCAAUAAAUCAAAGUCUGUUCCUGGUGAUGUCACUGAAUUUUCAAAUCAAGCUCGCAAGUGUUUUGAGGGACGAAAAGAAACUAAACCAUCUGAUGCAACUGAAAUUAUAGAGUGUAUAAAAGAAAUGGGAGCAGCUGCCUACAAUAAAACUUCCGAAUCAAUGAAUGAUGUUUCAACACAUUUUUCCAAGCUUUCUGAACUUAUGUCAGAAACUUCAAAAAAUGUAUCUUCAAGCAUGCCAAAAUGUAUGGUCAACAAUGGUAUCAAUCAUUUAUUGAAUAACUCACAUAUUGUAUUUGAUGAAGUUCAAGCUUGCGUCGUAAAUGCCAUCGACAGUUUUACAAAACAAAUCAAACCUUAAAUUUAUCUGUUAAUUAUAUUAAAAAUUUGUAUUGAUU